AUGUCUCCAGCCCUUGCCUGCUUGCUGCUGUUGCUGGCGGGCUGCCUGGGAUGCCAGCACCACACCUGCCGCUGCCUGGGCAGGGUCUUCAUCUGUCAGGAAAGCCAGGUGCUCCAGGUUCCCCGGGACAUCCCUGCCAACACCACCGAGCUGAGAUUUGUCCUCACCAAGAUGAGAGUCAUUCCCAAAGGAGCUUUCACAGGACUUGUUGACCUAGAGAAAAUAGAGAUCUCACAGAAUGAUGCCUUGGAGGUCAUAGAAGCAAAUGUGUUUUCCAACCUUCCCAAACUACAUGAAAUAAGAAUUGAGAAAGCCAACAACCUCGUGUACAUCGAUAAAGAUGCCUUCCAACACCUUCCGAGCCUCAGAUAUUUGCUAAUAUCAAACACUGGCCUUCGGUUUUUACCUGCUGUCCACAAGGUUCACUCUUUCCAGAAAGUUUUGCUAGAUAUUCAAGACAAUAUCAAUAUACGUACAAUUGAAAGAAAUUCAUUCAUGGGCCUGAGUUCUGAAAGUGUGAUUCUAUGGCUCAAUAAAAAUGGAAUUCAGGACAUUGAGAAUCAUGCAUUUAAUGGGACAUACCUGGAUGAGCUAAAUCUAAGUGACAAUCACAACCUAGAAAAAUUACCAAAUGAGGUCUUCCAGGGAGCCAAUGGACCUGUUGUUUUGGAUAUUUCCAGCACGAAAAUCAGUUUCCUGCCAAGUCAUGGAUUAGAACUCAUUAAGAAGCUAAGAGCAAGGUCUACAUACAAUUUAAAAAAGCUUCCUGACUUAAGCAAAUUUAGAUCUUUGAUUGAGGCAAACUUCACCUAUCCUAGCCAUUGCUGUGCAUUUACAAACUGGAAAAGACAAAAGACUGAAUUACAUCCGAUAUGUAGCAUAUCUCAGCUGAAGCAAGACUUUGAGGAGAAGCCUGGCAAAAGACUACAGAGAAGGUCUGCAGCUGAAGAUUAUAUUUCCAGCUACGGCAUAGGAUUUGACCCAGCGGAGAAUGAAUUUGACUAUGGUUUAUGCAAUGAAGUAGUUAAUGUAGCCUGCUCUCCUAAACCUGAUGCUUUCAACCCGUGUGAAGAUAUCAUGGGAUACAAUAUCCUGAGAGUCCUAAUAUGGUUCAUCAACAUUUUAGCUAUUACUGGGAACACUGUGGUCCUCAUUAUUUUAAUAAGCAGUCAAUACAAACUCACUGUUCCUCGCUUUCUAAUGUGCAAUCUUGCCUUUGCAGACCUCUGCAUAGGGAUCUACCUGCUGUUUAUUGCCUCUGUAGACAUCCAGACCAAAAGCCAGUACUACAACUACGCCAUAGACUGGCAGACCGGGGCAGGCUGCAACGCUGCAGGAUUUUUCACAGUGUUUGCGAGUGAGCUCUCAGUCUACACGCUGACGGUGAUCACCCUGGAGCGGUGGCACACCAUCACCUACGCCAUGCAGCUGCACCGCAAGGUGCGCCUGCGCCAUGCCGUCAUCGUCAUGAUUUUUGGCUGGGUGUUUGCUUUCACAGUAGCACUCCUUCCCAUAUUUGGGGUCAGCAGCUACAUGAAGGUCAGCAUCUGUCUGCCCAUGGAUAUAGAAACACCGUUUGCCCAGGCUUACGUUAUAUUUCUCUUAGUGCUGAAUGUACUCGCGUUUGUCAUUAUUUGUGUCUGCUACACCUGCAUCUACUUCACUGUGCGAAACCCCAACGUCAUCUCUUCCAACAGUGACACCAAGAUUGCCAAGCGCAUGGCCAUACUGAUCUUCACCGACUUCCUCUGCAUGGCACCAAUAUCUUUCUUUGCCAUAUCGGCCUCGCUCAAGGUUCCUCUCAUCACAGUGUCCAAUUCCAAGAUCCUCCUGGUUUUGUUUUACCCCAUCAACUCCUGCGCUAACCCUUUCCUCUAUGCCAUUUUCACGAAGACUUUCCGCAGGGAUUUCUUCAUUCUCUUGAGCAAGUUUGGUUGCUGUGAAAUGCAAGCCCAGAUUUACAGAACAGAGAUCUCCUCAUCUGCUCAUACUUUCCACACAAGAAAUGGCCAUUGCCCUCCUACAUCAAAAAACAGUGAUGGCACUAUUUAUUCUUCAGUUCCCCUGAAUCACUUGAACUGAAAUAUUUGCAUAAAUUUGUGUCUGAGGCAGUGUGCUAACCAUUUGCAAGUAUGUGGAUUUGAAUAAUGACUUCAGCAUAGCAUGCAAACUUAUGUUUUAUGAAAAAAAUUAUUUUGAAUUUCCUAUUUUUGUUCAAUGAACAACCAUCAGAGAUGGCAUAUCAUCUUCAUCAGUUCUUGAAGAACAAAGUGCCAAAGUGCUCAUGUAGAACUGCCUCAAGAAAUAAAUGAGAUCAUAAACUGGUAUCUCCCAUCAUGCAGGCAGAGAUUCCCUUCAUUUUAGGGAGAUGUUAGUUGCUUAUUGAGAAUUAAGUAGUGGUUAUAU